GCGGCGAUGCGGGCACGCGGCUGGAGGCGCUCGCUUCGGCGGCUGUUGCUGCUACUGGCUCUGUGGGUGCAGGCGGUGCGGCCCAUGGGCUAUUUCGAGCUGCAGCUGAGCGCGCUGCGGAACGUGAACGGGGAGCUGCUGAGCGGCGCCUGCUGUGACGGCGACGGCCGGACGACACGCGCGGGGGGCUGCGGCCACGACGAGUGCGACACGUACGUGCGCGUGUGCCUUAAGGAGUACCAGGCCAAGGUGACGCCCACGGGGCCCUGCAGCUACGGCUACGGCGCCACGCCCGUGUUGGGCGGCAACUCCUUCUACCUGCCGCCGGCGGGCGCUCCCAGCGACCGAGCGCGCGCGCGGUCCCGGACUAGCGGCGACCAGGACCCGGGCCUCGUCGUCAUUCCCUUCCAGUUCGCCUGGCCGCGUUCCUUCACCCUCAUCGUGGAGGCGUGGGACUGGGACAACGACACCACUCCAGAUGAGGAGCUGCUGAUCGAGAGGGUGUCACAUGCUGGCAUGAUCAACCCCGAGGACCGCUGGAAGAGCCUGCACUUCAGUGGCCAUGUGGCACACCUGGAGCUGCAGAUUCGGGUCCGCUGCGAUGAGAAUUACUACAGUGCCACCUGCAACAAGUUCUGCCGGCCUCGCAAUGACUUCUUUGGCCACUACACCUGUGAUCAGUAUGGCAACAAGGCCUGCAUGGAUGGCUGGAUGGGCAAGGAGUGCAAGGAAGCCGUGUGUAAACAAGGAUGUAAUUUGCUCCAUGGGGGAUGCUCCGUGCCUGGGGAGUGCAGGUGCAGCUAUGGCUGGCAGGGCAAGUUCUGUGACGAGUGUGUCCCUUACCCUGGCUGUGUGCAUGGCAGCUGUGUGGAGCCCUGGCACUGUGACUGUGAGACCAACUGGGGAGGCCUGCUCUGUGACAAAGACUUGAACUACUGUGGCAGUCACCACCCUUGUAUCAACGGGGGUACCUGCAUCAAUGCUGAGCCUGAUCAGUACCACUGCGCCUGCCCUGAUGGCUACUCGGGCAAGAACUGCGAGCGAGCUGAGCAUGCCUGUGCCUCCAACCCCUGUGCCAAUGGGGGUUCUUGCCAUGAGGUGCCAUCUGGCUUUGAAUGUCACUGCCCAUCGGGCUGGAGUGGGCCCACCUGCGCGCUUGACAUCGAUGAGUGUGCCUCCAACCCAUGUGCAGCAGGCGGCACCUGUGUGGACCAGGUGGACGGUUUUGAGUGCAUCUGCCCAGAGCAGUGGGUGGGAACAACCUGUCAGCUGGACGCCAAUGAGUGUGAAGGGAAGCCGUGCCUUAAUGCUUUCUCUUGCAAAAACCUGAUUGGCGGCUAUUACUGUGAUUGCCUCCCAGGCUGGAAGGGCAUCAACUGCCACAUCAACAUCAAUGAGUGCCGCGGGCAGUGUCAGCAUGGUGGCACCUGCAAGGACCUGGUGAAUGGGUACCAGUGUGUGUGCCCACGGGGUUUCGGAGGCCAGCACUGCGAGCUGCAACGUGAUGAAUGUGCCAGUAGUCCCUGCCGUGGUGGCAGCAUCUGUGAGGAUCUGGUGGAUGGCUUCCGCUGCCACUGCCCCCGGGGCCUUUCUGGGCCACUCUGUGAGGUGGAUGUUGACCUCUGUGAGCCAAACCCCUGCCUCAAUGGCGCUCGCUGCUACAACCUUGAGGGCGACUACUACUGUGCCUGCUUAGAAGACUUUGGGGGCAAGAACUGCUCAGUGCCCAGGGAGCCGUGCCCUGGAGGGGCCUGCAGAGUGAUUGAUGGCUGCGGGUUCGAGGCAGGAUCCAGAGCUCAUGGUGUGGCGCCCUCUGGAGUAUGUGGGCCCCAUGGGCACUGUGUCAGCCAGCCUGGGGGCAAUUUCUCCUGUGUCUGUGACAGUGGCUUCACAGGCACCUACUGCCAUGAGAACAUCGACGACUGCUUAGGCCAGCCCUGCCGCAACGGGGGCACAUGCAUCGACGAGGUGGAUGCUUUCCGCUGCUUCUGCCCCAGUGGCUGGGAGGGCGAGCUCUGUGACAUCAAUCCCAACGACUGCCUCCCCGACCCCUGCCACAGCCGCGGCCAUUGCUAUGAUCUGGUCAAUGACUUCUACUGUGCCUGCGAUGAUGGUUGGAAGGGCAAGACUUGCCACUCACGUGAGUUCCAGUGCGAUGCCUACACCUGCAGCAAUGGUGGCACAUGCUAUGACAGUGGUGAUACCUUCCGCUGCGCCUGCCCACCAGGCUGGAAGGGCAGCACCUGUACCAUUGCCAAGAAUAGCAGCUGCCUACCCAACCCCUGUGUGAAUGGGGGCACCUGUGUGGGCAGUGGAGACUCAUUCUCCUGCAUCUGCCGCGAUGGCUGGGAGGGCCGCACCUGCACACACAACACCAACGACUGCAACCCACUGCCCUGCUACAAUGGGGGUAUCUGUGUGGAUGGCAUCAACUGGUUCCGCUGCGAGUGUGCGCCUGGCUUUGCGGGUCCUGAUUGUCGUAUCAACAUUGAUGAGUGCCAGUCCUCGCCCUGUGCCUAUGGGGCCACGUGUGUGGAUGAGAUCAAUGGGUAUCGCUGCAGCUGCCCACCAGGUCGAACUGGUCUCCGGUGUCAAGAAGUGGUAGGGUUUGGGAGGUCCUGCUGGUCCCGAGGCACCCCUUUCCCACACGGUAGCUCCUGGGUAGAAGACUGCAACAGCUGCCACUGUCUGGACGGCAGGAGAGACUGCAGCAAGGUGUGGUGUGGGUGGAAGCCUUGUCUGCUGUCUGAUGCCCUGAGUGCCCAGUGCCCACAGGGGCAACAGUGCCAGGAGAAGGCCUUGGGACAGUGUCUUCAGCCACCCUGUGAGGCAUGGGGGGAGUGUGUGGCUGAGGACCCCCUGUCACCCAGCACCCCUUGCCUGCCACGGUCCACUCACCUAGACAACAACUGUGCGCGCCUUACACUGCGCUUUAGUCGUGACCAAGUGCCUCAGGGCACCACUGUGGACGCCAUCUGCUCUGGGAUCCGCGCACUGCCUGCUACAAGGGCAGUAGCCCGUGACCGUCUACUUCUGCUGCUGUGUGACCGUGCAUCCUCAGGGGCCAGUGCUGUGGAAGUGGCUGUGUCUUUCAGCCCUGCACGGGACUUGCCUGACAGCAGCCUGAUCCAGAGUGCAGCUCAUGCCAUUGUGGCUGCCAUCACACAGCGGGGGAACAGCUCACUGCUGUUGGCUGUCACCGAGGUCAAGGUGGAGACCGUGGUCAUGGGAGGCUCUUCCACAGGUCUGCUGGUGCCUGUGCUAUGCAGUGUGUUCAGCAUGCUGUGGCUAACCUGUGUUGUUAUCUGCGUGUGGUGGACACGAAAGCGCAGGAAAGAGCGGGAGAGGAGUCAGCUGCCACGGGAUGAGAGCACAAACAACCAGUGGGCUCCGCUGAACCCCAUCCGCAACCCCAUUGAGCGGCCAGGCAGUGGUGGCCUGGGUGGUGGGGGCCGCAAAGAUGUGCUCUAUCAGUGCAAGAACUUCACGCCUCCACCACGCAGGGCAGCAGAGGCUCUACCUGGGCCAGCUGGCCAAAGGGCUGGCCGGGAGGAUGAGGAGGAUGAGGAGCUGAGCCAUGGAGAUGAGGACUCCCCUGAGGCAGAGAAGUUCCUCUCACACAAAUUCACCAAAGACCCCAGCUGCCCCUUGGGGAGGCCAGCCCUCUGGGCUCCAGGGCCCAAGGUGGACAACCGAGCCAUCAGGAGCACCAAGGAUGUACACUGUGCUGGCAGAGAGUAGAACAGUCACAGUGGGGCCAAGCCCCGAGACCCCUCGCUGGCAACAUGCCCCCAGCUGGACCACAGGAGGCCAAGGCCAUGUGCAUAGUUUCUUUAUUUUGUGUAAAAAAACAACCAAAACCAAAAACCAAAUGUUUAUUUUUUAUGUUUCUUUAAACUUGUAUAAAUUAUUCAGUUACUGUCAGGCAGAAAACAAUGGAGUAUUCUUGGAUUGUUGCUAUUUUUGUAAAGUUUUUGUGUGUCCACGCUCUGUGGCAGGAGAGCAAAGCUGUUGUGUUCUCACCAAAUUGUAUAAUGUUUGUUACCAGAAGUUAUACGCUGUUUACAGAAUCUUCUUUUUUAUUCCUCACUUGGGUUUCUCUGGGGCUCCAGGCCACAGAGCCCAUGAGACCCUUGGCUGUCAGCAUGGCGUAUGGCUCUGAGUGGUACCUGUGGCUGACAGUGUGGCCUGGGCUCUCAGUGGUACCUGCGUUGGCCUGGCUGUGGCUCUCUGUCAGUAGGACUCAAAGCUGUUGUCCUUACUGUGGCUCUUAGUGGGACUUAUGGCUAUCAGCAGGACCCAUGGCUACCAGUGACACCAUGGUCAUUAGAUUGCCUGGCUUAUGGAUGUCAGUGGUGCCCAUGGCUUCCAGUAGCACCAUCAGCUUGGCAUGUGGCUGUCAGUGGUAUUGUGCUUACUAGCUUGUGGCUAUCAGUGGCAUCCCUGGUUGUCAGUAGUACUGGUGGCUACUGGCCUGAACUGUGGCUGUUGGUGAGACCUGUGAUGGUCCAUGUGACAUUGACUUGACAUGGUCCCAGUUGUGGCAUAGUUCAUGGCUGCUGAUGGCUCCUGUGGUUGUCAGUGGGGUUGGAGGGCACCUGUGCGGCUUGAAGCUGGCAGGCAGACCUAGCCUGCACCCUGGCUGGUCCCUCCAGUCUGCUGUCCUUGCUUCCUCCUGGCCAGAACUCUCCAGAGAUCUUCAACUGUGCUUUCAGAAGUGCCCUUCCCAACUGCUCGGUUCCCCCUCCUGGGAUGGUGGCAGUAUUGAAGCUUGUGACAAGUGCCUUCACACAGACUCCCUUUGCAGCUGUCAGCGUUUGCCGUGGGCACCAGGCUGCUGCCCACCUGCCGGCCCCGGCCACCCUCCUCGUGAAAGUGCAUUUCUGUAAAUAUGUACAUAUUAAAUGAAUCACUCUGUAUAUUUGAUUUAAUAACUUAAA